CUGAAGGCCAGGAAGGAGCAGGAGCUCGAAGCAGCGCCGAGAUGUCAGAGGCGGCCAGGAUUCGGGCUGAUCUCCUUCGUCAGAGCAUGGUGGAGCGACUGCCACGGGCCACUUCCCGCUGGGAGCCCUCGGCCACCAGGUUCACCCCUCACCUGCCCCCAGCUCACACCCUCCCAACGCAAAAAGUCGGGCGAUAUAGUAGGAUGACCCUCUCCUACACCUCUGCUCCGAGUUUAAAGAAACCAGACACUGCAGAAGUGACCUCAGGCAGCAGGCUCGUUCCUGGAAGAGGAACGCCCACAAAGGGCUGGAUGCCAAGCAUUCAUGUUCCGUGUUCUGCCUCGGUGAAAUCAGUCCUUGCCCACAGGAGAGAGGCCAUGGCAGCGAUGUUUCUGCCUGGCAACCUCCAGGAUGAAGCCACUUGUUCUGUCUGCCUGGAGUUCUUCAAAGACCCCGUGUCCAUCGAGUGUGGGCACAACUUCUGCCGGGCUUGCAUCAUCAAGAGUUGGAAAGACUUAGAGAUGGACUUCCCCUGUCCACAGUGCCGAGAAGUCUUCCAACAGAAGAGCUUCAGACCCAACCGGCAGCUGGCAAACAUGUCUGAGAUCAUCAGCCAGUUCACCCUCCGCGGGGCCAAAGGUGCCGAAGAGGAAGGGCUCUGCGUGAAGCACAGAGAAGCUCUGAAGCUCUACUGCAAGGAUGACCGGAGAACCAUCUGUGUGGUGUGUGACAGGUCCCGGGAGCACCGGCCACACGCCGUGGUACCCAUCGAUGAGGCAUCUGAGGAGUACAAGGAGAAAAUCCAAGGACGCUUGGAUUUCCUGAAAAAGGAGAGGCAGGAGCUGCUGGAGUUUAAAGUGAACGAUGACAAGAAAACUCAGGAGAUGUUGAAAACCAUUGAGACCGAGAGGCAGAAGCUGCUCGUGGAGUUUGAGAGGCUGCGGCAAUUCCUGCACGACCAGGAGCACAUCCUCCUGGGGCAGCUGGAGAAGAUGGAGAAGAACAUCGCCAAGAGGCAGAACGAGAACAUCACCGACCUCUCCAAGGAGAUCACGCUCCUUAACAAGCUCAUCACGGAGCUGGAGGAGAAAAUCCAGCAGCCCAUGCUUGAGUUCCUCAAGGAUGUGAUGAACAUCAUAAGCAGGAGCGAUGACGUGAAGUGCCAGAAGCCGGUGCCGGUGUGCACGGAUAUGAAAAUGCACAUCUGCAAUUUCUCCCUUAAGACUGUUGUCCUUGAGAAAGUCUUAAAGAAAUUCAGAGAGAACCUGCAAGACGAGCUGGGAAGAGGUGAAAAAGAGGACCUGACCCUGGACCCUGACUCAGCAAACCACCUCCUCAUCCUCUCUGCUGACCUCAAGAGCGUGAGGAUGGGCUGUAGGAAACAGGAGCUGCCCGACAACCCCAAGAGAUUCGACACGAACUCGCGGGUGCUGGCUAGCACCGGCUUCAAGUCGGGAAGACAUUACUGGGAAGUGGAGGUGGGCGCCUCGGACGGUUGGGCCUUCGGGGUGGCCAAGGAGUCUGUCAGAAGGAAAGGUUUGACGCAGUUUUCUCCUGAAGAAGGGAUCUGGGCAGUGCAGCAAAAUGGAGGUCGCUACUGGGCGGUCACCUCACCCCAACGCACCCCACUGUGCCUCAACCAGAAACUCAGUAAGGUCAGGGUGUACCUGGAUUACGAAGGAGAAGAAGUCUCCUUCUACAACGCCGACAACAUGCAGCACAUCUUCACCUUCAACGUUGCCUUCCAGGAGAAAGUGUUCCCUCUCUUUUCGGUCUGUUCCACCGUUACCUACAUCAAACUGUGCCCCUGAGACCUCUCAUGGGCUUCACUGAGGACCUGUUUCUGUGGUCUUCACUGGACGGUGCCCGGACAGCAGUGAUGAGCACAAGAGACUCAAAAUCAACCACACAGCCUGGUUCGUCGGUGCAUGGGCAGGCGGGUGGAUGGGUAACCAGAAAGACAGGGGAAAACAUCACAAGGAGGGUCUUCGGAUCAGUUUAAAGGAGUGAACGGCUACUGAAACCAUCGGGGAUCCCCAGAGGGUUGUGGUUACCAUCUUAAACUCAUCCCUGAACCAACUUGCGUCUUCAGCAAGAGAGAAACCACUGGUAGAUGGCUCCAAGGCUGAUAACGGACGGGGGUUGUUCUUGCAUGGGUCUAAGGAUCAAUAUUAGAGCCGAUGGGAAGGUUGGGAGUGGACCCUCCACCCCUUUAGAAGUGUCAAUGACCCAAAAUGAAAUGUUUCGUGGGUAAAUGUCCUGUGGGAAAGGUGGGGAGAAUGACACUGGGCAGGAUGGUUUUGACAUCCAUCCAAAGCUGGAAUAGGCAAAGCUCCAUUCCAUUUACUCAAGGGAAGUCAAGCGGGAAAGUUUUGCUCCUCCUGAAGUGAAUUUAGAGGAAUUUUCCAUGGCCUUAUUGUGCUGUUUGUUGCUCCUGACAAACUGUGGCCACCACCUCGGUGCCCAAAGUGGAAAUCCUGCCCUGCUCACAGGUGCCUUCAUUCCUACGGGGUUUCAGAGGAGGUAAUUAGGCUCAUGAAUGCCUCCUGGAGGUGAUUGGAUUGUGGUGAGCAAAGAUGCUCAAUGAGGUUGCUCACACCCUCGUGUGAGGGGUUAUAAGGAGCUCAGCUGGAGCUCCUGCCUUUUUCCCCUCUUGCUCUUGGCUGGGAAGAAAGGUCUUCAGGGAAGGUUUUGGAUGCUGUUUUCUUGUUCCAGCCGGUGCUCCUAAAAUCCAGGAUAAUAAUUGCACUUCGAAGGCUAUUUUUGUGAUGUUGAGAUGGUCUGAGCUGUUCCGGGUAAUCUAAACCACGUGACCACCAAGAUCUGACCCGUCUUGGAGCCAAGUUUGGGUUGAAGAGCUGCUGUGGGCUUUUGGUUGCCUUCUCCAUGAGUUGGUGUAAGCGCUCUGUGCUUCCACUCCCUGUCCAUGACCCCUCUGGGUGGGAGGGAGGUGUUGCUGCUACUCCGGAAAAGACUGAAAGGUGCUUUUUGUGUGUGUGAAGCAACAGAUGUUCACGUUGUUCAGGUGUGUUUGUCCUCCUGGAUGCAAACAAGACCCUUUCUGGAUUUUGGUGCUUCUCUGUAA